CAAGUGAGAUCGUAAUGGCCAUGUUAUUGUUGACGGGAAUGGUGAAACUCAUCCUGGUUGAGGGGAAUGAUGGGCCUCCAGAGUGUAGCUUUAAUCAAAGGAAAUGCAAAGGAUUGGAGAAGGCAUCCGGAUUGGGUCAUAUGGUCCUUGUUCAUGGUUCAGGCCAUGGAGAAUGGAAUUGGUACUAGCUUAAGCCCUCGCUUGAGGCUGCUGGCUAUGAAGUGACCACCGUUCAGCUUGGACCUACACUCACCACCUCCCUUGAUUCAACAGAGAAUAUUACAUUUUUGAAUUACUCAAAACCAUAAUUUGAUGUGAUGAAAUGUAUAGACCACCACAAGGUUAUAGUUGUUGCUCAAAGUUUUGGAGGGUUGAGCAUAUCUCUUGCAAUGGAGAAGUUCCCUAAGAAGGUAUUUGUAGCUGUCUUCGUUACUGCGCUCAUGCCAGAUACAGCACACAAGCUCUCUUAUGUUGUCCGUGAGUUUAUGAAGGUUCCAAAAGUCUGGAAGGACAAUUGCUCAAUUACUCGUGGGAAUAACUCAUGGAUUUCCUUCAGUGACAAGUUCUUGAAGUCUUCGUUCUAUCAAUUAUGUUCUCUAGAGGAUUUUGCGCUGAUCUCUGCACUAAAAAGGCCGGGAUCAUUAUUCCCUAACGACUUGGAUAAGAUCCAGCUUUCUGAAGAGAAAUAUGGAUCUGUAGAUCGAGUUUAUAUUGUAGCUAAAGUUGAUUUAGGAGUAAUAGAAGAUUUCCAACCUGAGAUGAUUGGUAAUUAUUCAGGGAAGGAAGUGAAGGUGAUUCAUCAUUCAGGUCAUCUGCCUCAGUUGUCAAGGCCCUUGGAGUUGUCUGUACAUUUGUUAGAAAUUGCUAGAAAUUAUUCCUCAUCAUCAUGA